AUGGCAACGCAUUUAAAAGUUCUGCUACUGCUGCCGCUACUUGGAAUGAGUCUGCGAGGUGGCGACUCCGUUGCUGUCGGCAAAAGCAACAGCAAACUCCUCGCCAUCCUGAAUGCCACGGCUCCGGCAUUGGAUGUGCUGCUGCACAUCGAUGUGCUCUCCGGAGAUUCGGCGCCAUUAACAACCGCAGUCAGUCCACUUAGCCUGGAGUCCAUCAUACGUGCCGAGGUCAAUGGCGACUGGGAGCGUGGUCGCCUAGUGUUGCAGCUGGCCAAUGAGGCACGCACCUUGGAGCUAAAGCAUGCCAUCUACGAGGCAUUGUGGCUGGAAUUGCAGCAGACGAAACAAAUCUACGAUCCCCUCAAGAUACUCGAUUUCUUCGAACAACUCAAACAUCAGACGAACGUACCGCCCACCUUGCUUCAAAAGGUCUAUGUGAGCUUCGUCUCCCGCAGCGCUCAGUUGCUGUCGGCACCCUUUCACACCAACAGUCGCAGUGCAAAUUUCCCGUUGGUCACCACACUGCUGCAGCGUCUGACACUGAGCACCUUGGACUACAUACGGGACAUACUCGAAGCGUUAUUCGAUGCUGUCCUCGCUUUGGAAUCCACACUGAGUGUGGUGCAACGGCUGGGCAACUACACUGCCAGCUUGACCCAAUUGACUGUGGCCAACUUGCAGCUGCUGAAGCGCAACGAACUGCAAUUAGAUUCGGUUGCACAAAAAGCUUUGCAGCUGAAUCUACGCCAGUUGCUGGAGCAGCCCAACUUUGGCCAAGAAGUGGAGCGCUCGCUGCGAAUCGAAGUCUAUGCCCAGCUGCCGCCGGAUGAGCGUGUCCUCUACACUGCCCAGAAGGUGUGUCUGCGCAAUGUGACCAACGAGAAUGCAUAUAUCUACGAGUGUCCGCAGACCUAUUUGAUCUGCAGUAAUCCACGAGAUCCCAAGAAGGCAGCUUACUAUGUGCAGCGUGGUCAUGGUGGCGCCAAUAAUAUCUUGCAGUUUGCCUUCUACAGCGCUUAUUGGCGCAAUCGAUAUAUUCUCAUGGAGUCCAAUAACCAAACCACCGGCAAUACGAAUGCCAAUGCCAUCAAGAAGAACGUUUAUAGCAGUGAAUCUAUCUACUGGUGGCAUGUGCUACAGGUUCAAGGCGGUGUGGCACUCUACGAUGCCGCCACAUCGGGUUCGGUGCUUUGUGGCGGCAAUUCUGCGCAUUGGGAUGGCGAGGAGCGUCAUGUUUAUACGCGUCACGCUCUCGAAUUUGAAGCUAAUCGCAGGGAGUGCACCUGGAGUCUAGAGGAUUGCAGCGAUGUAGCCUAAAUAUACAUUUUAGUGGCGAGCAAAAUUGAGUGUAGUAUGUUCACGACUCUGACUUUCGACACACAUAAAAUCAUAAUCACACAAGCAAACACAAAAUUUUCUUUUGUUUUAUUUGUAUUAUGUUAUUCUUUAUAAAUUCUAGGCAAUGAUUUUAGAGAAUUCGAAGAGUCCUAAAGUAAAAAUGAAAAAUAACAUCAUAAACUCAAUUUUUCAAGUUCCACAAAGUUUUAAUAACUAAAGUUAUAUU